ACCGCUGACAACAAACCGCUGGGUCGUCAAAUGGAAACGGACGCACUGCGUUCCUCUGAGCAUGGAGGUUAAAAAAGAAGGAUGAGGACGCCCGCAGCUGCGAAGCCGCUUCCAGUAAACGGAGCUUGGCGAACGAAACAAGAAGCCUUUGAGCGAACGAGCUUGCUGUGAAAUCCACGAAUGUCGAUGAGGGCCACGCCCGGUGCCUGGGUCGCUUCCGUGAUCUGCAUCUCUCACCAGGCUCUCGUCCUCCCUGUGCGCCCGCAGCUUCCCGCGGGCGCGCCAGUGACCAUGGCACCGAGCGACUCGGCCCCGGAGGACGCGAAGCAGCACAAAGCCAGGACGAAGCCGGCCCCGCGGACGCCCGACCCCGAGUGCGAAGCCGACGGAUCGUUCGUCUUCGAGGCCCACGAGGCCUGGAAGGACUUUCACAACUCGCUGAGGCGGUUCUACGAAAACGGCGAGCUCUGCGACGUCACCCUCAAGGUGGGCACCAGGCUGAUCCCGUGCCACAAGCUGGUCCUGGCCUGCGUGGUGCCCUACUUCCGCGCCAUGUUCCUCUCCGACAUGGCCGAGGCCAAGCAGGAGCUGAUCGAGAUCCGCGACUUCGACGGCGACGCCAUACAGGACCUGGUGCGCUUCGCCUACUCCUCGCGCCUGACGCUGACGGUGGAGAACGUGCAGCCGCUGCUCUACGCCGCCUGCAUCCUGCAGGUGGAGCUGGUGGCGCGGGCCUGCUGCGAGUACAUGAAGGCCCACUUCCACCCGUCCAACUGCCUGGCCGUGCGCACCUUCGCCGAGAGCCACCACCGCGUCGACCUGAUGGACAUGGCCGACCGCUACGCCUGCGAGCACUUCGCGCGGGUGCUGGAGAGCGACGACUUCACCCGCGUCUCGCCGCAGCACCUGACCACCCUGCUGAACUCCGCCGAGCUCGACAUCCACUCGGAGACGCAGGUGUACGAGGCCGCCGUCAAGUGGCUCCAGGCUAAUCCGCAGCACCACCAGCUCUGGCUGCACCAGAUCAUGUCUCAGGUGCGUCUCCCGCUGCUCCCGGUGGACUUUCUGACCGGCACCGUGGCCAAAGAGGAAAUGAUCAAGGCCAACCUGAACUGCCGGGACCUGCUGGACGAGGCCAGGAACUAUCACCUCCACCUGAGCAACAAGAGCGUACCCGACUUCGAGUACUCCGUCCGUACGACCCCGCGCAAACACACGGCAGGUGAGAACGGCCGCGCCCGGCGUGGUCACUGCAGUGGUAGCUCCAAAUCUACCUGCCGGUAUGAACGCUGUGGUUCUGACCUCCGUCCCGAUACAGGCGUGCUGUUCUGCGUCGGGGGCCGCGGUGGCUCCGGGGAUCCGUUCCGCAGCAUCGAGUGCUACGCCAUCAGCAAGAACAGCUGGUUCCUCGGCCCGGAGAUGAACAGCAGGCGUAGACACGUAGGAGUCAUCUCUGUGGGGGGGAAGGUGUACGCAGUGGGCGGCCACGAUGGCAGCGAGCACCUGGGGAACAUGGAGGUGUUUGACCCGCUCACCAACAAAUGGAUGAUGAAGGCGUCCAUGAACACUAAACGGAGAGGCAUAGCACUGGCCACCCUGGGGGGUCCGAUCUACGCCAUCGGAGGUCUGGACGAUAACUCCUGCUUCAGCGACGUGGAGCGCUACGAUAUCGAGGCUGACCGCUGGAGCGCCGUGGCCCCCAUGAACACCCCCAGAGGAGGGGUGGGCUCCGUGGCCUUGGGGAGCUACGUGUACGCCGUGGGAGGGAACGACGGCGUAGCCUCCCUGUCUAGCGUCGAGCACUUCGACCCGCACCUCAACAAAUGGAGCGACGUUCAAGAGAUGGGACAGAGACGCGCCGGAAACGGAGUCAGCGAGCUCAACGGCUGCCUGUACGUUGUAGGUGGUUUUGACGAUAACUCUCCGCUGAGUUCGGUCGAGUGCUUCGAUCCCAGGAGGAACCGCUGGGAGUACGUGUCUGAGCUCACCACGCCCCGGGGCGGAGUCGGUGUCGCUACGGUGAUGGGGCGGGUCUUCGCUGUGGGCGGGCACAACGGCAACAUCUACCUUAACACGGUGGAGGCCUUCGAGCCGCGCAUGAACAGGUGGGAGCUGGUGGGUUCCGUCUCUCACUGCCGGGCGGGAGCGGGCGUGGCCGUCUGUGCCUCACACAUCGGUCAGAUUCGAGACGUGGGCCAGGGCUCGAACAACGUGGUGGACUGCAUGUAGCCUUGCGGUCAGAA